CAUAGUUUCCCAAAAUUUUGAAUCUUUCCCAUAUUUCUCCAAAGAGCAAAAGAAUAAAAGAGAGAGAGAGAGAGAGAGACAUCAUCGAGAAGAAUCAAAUCACUUCUCUGUUUCGUAGAAUCUCAAGCUCGAAGACGGUUUUGAUUUCAGAUCUGAAUCCGUUAGAGAAAGAGACAGGAAAAGAAUGGGCGGUCGAGGCGGCGGCGGCGUGAGUAACGCGAAGGGGGGUGUUCCGGCGGCUAGUAGGAAGGUGGUUGAGAGUUUGAAAGAGAUCGUGAACUGUUCUGACUUGGAGAUCUACGCGAUGCUUGUGGAUUGCGAUAUGGAUCCUGACGAGACCGUUAGUCGGCUUCUUUCUCAAGAUACUUUUCACGAGGUGAAGAGCAAACGAGACAAGAAGAAAGAGACUAAAGAUCCAGCAGAGUCCUGGACACGUAUCACACCCAAUCGUGGAGCUAGAAGCCGUGGUAAUGACGGUUACAACAACACUCGAGGUGGUGGAAACAGAUUUAAAUCCAAUGAGACGGGAAGUGUUCAAAGUGUACCUGCAAACAGAAGAGAGAACGGAGCACGUAACAAUUGGGCUGGCUCUUCAACACCUGGUGUCCUCGGGCGCCAACCUCCACCGAACAGCAGUGAGCCUGCAAACGCUGAAGUUAAGAAAGCACAACCAACGGUCUCAAGUGAUGCAGUUACUUCCUCUUCGGUGCCAACUCCUGCGUAUCAAUCCGCGUGGGCCAAUGCCAACCCCGGGCAGAGAACAAUGGCUGAUAUUGUGAAAAUGGGUUUGCCUCUUCAUCAGAAGAAGGUUGCUGCGCCUCGUUCAACAGAGACUCAAGAGAGUGGAAGCAAAGCUCCGUUGAAGGAUGAAUGGCCUUCUAUUGAGAAGCAAGACGUUUCUUAUCCUACAUCUUCUCUCUUGAAACCAGCUGCUGAAUCUAAAGUACCCACCGACCAGUCUAGCGAGCCUCAACGUUUUGAGGAGACUCAUUUCGAUGGUAAUGUCCCUGAAACGGAAACAAAGCCAGUUGCAUCUACUCCUGAUGCAGACCAGAUUCCACCUGCUUCGAUAUCCAACAGAAAUUUGGUUGAUGAUGAUGAUUCUAGAGACGAAAACAACAAAGCGGAGCCACAUGCUUUUGAGGAAAAUAGAGGUGAGGAUGUUUCUGCAUCUGUUGCAACUGAUUUUCAGCAACUAACCAUCGAGAAUGAAGAAGAAGACCGCGAGACAUUAACGAAAGAAGACAAACCUCCAGUGAUAAUCCCCAGUCACCUACAAGUUCAUACCUCAGAAUGCUCACACUUGAUGUUUGGUAGUUUUGGCUUGGGGUUAGGAUCUGGCCAAGCUAGUAGUGGCUUGAAUGAUAACCUGGAGGAAACAAAAGAAACGGAAGAUAAUUCAUCAUUCAGACACCCUGAGGCUGACUUCUAUGGAGAGGAAGAAGAACAAGAACAACUCAGGAACGCUGCUACUGAUGAGCAAACAUCUUAUCAGAUCGAUUCAACCGCCAGGGAUUAUCAUGCUUCCUCGGAUUCUGAAACAGAAGCGGCGCAACAUGAACCUCCUCCUCAAGAAGAUCAUCAGUACAAGUUCUCAUCUCCUGCAGAUUAUGGAUUUGAAAACAACCAACAGAUGAAUCCCCCAUCAGAAACAAACCCACAGAUGCAGAGUCUUGAUAACUUCCCCAACGUAAUGCAAGGCAUUCAAGAUGCAAGAGAACCUGAUCUUCACUACUCACCUUUCCCAACUAAAUACAACAAUGCCACUCCCUCUUCACUUAGUAGUCCAGCAAUAUCCAUGGCUGAGGCACUAAGAGCUGCGAGUAUUUCUCCUCAAAACACAAUGCCUAGUGCAGGAGAACAAGCAGCAGCUCUUGCUCAACACCUUGCCUUGAACCCAUACUCUCAUCAGCCUGGGAUGUCUUUAGGGCCUUAUGGUAAUCUGAUAAGCUAUCCUUUCAUGCCACAGAGCUACAACCCAUACAUGCCUUCAGCUUUCCAGCAAGCGUUUCCGGCUGGUAGCCAUCAGUCUAUGCUACAGCAAUACAAAACUCAAGCAACUGCUCCUCCUGUUCCUCCUCCCUCUGCCUAUGGGUUUGGUGGUGGCUCCACCUUGAGUAACAACUUCCCUUUGAAUUCCACAACUGCUCCAAAUCCCUACGAAGAUGUCUUGAGCUCACAGUUUAGGGACAGCAAUCACUUGGCAUCAUCUCUUCAACAGCAGAACGAACACUUGGCAGCAUGGCAUCAAGGACAACAAUCCAACUCACGCGUGGUUCCAGGAAGCGGUUAUUACAGCCUCCCAGGCCAUCAGAAUCAGCAGCCUCCUGGUUUCCGUCAAGCCCAACUAAUGCAGCACCAACAGCAGCCAUCUCAACAGCAGCAACAACAGCAUUUUGGAGGACAUGGCUAUGGCAGUCCAUACCAUUCGCAAGCUCCAAUGUCACUAGAUCAUCUCCAUCACCAACACCAACAACAGCAAAACGCUAGAGAUGCUUCUAAGCAGUCUCACCAACAGUCAUGGCCCAACAACUACUGAUCAAAAAAAUCAAUCAGUUAAAUCCGUCUCCAUGCCUUGCUUUCUCUUUCCACCGAGGUGUGAAAAAUGGCGGUGUGUGUGUGUGUUUGUGUGUUUUUGGUUUGCUAUGGUUUGUGGUAAGGUCUUAUGAGGGGUUUUGUGAGAAACCUCCAAUGGCUGGCUUGUUUAGAUGCUAACCAAACCUUCUUGUAUUACUAGAAACUCUGUUUUUUUUUUAGCAAUUUAACUUUUCAGUCUUGACAUCC